AUGAGAAAUGGAAAGAGAAUAAAGCGAAAUGGUUUCAAUCCUCCAUUUCAUCCUUUUCAAAUAAUAAGCUGACUUGUAACCACCUUCAACAUCUGUAUAUCUGCAAUUAUCUAUAUUCCAAUGCUUGAUUUUAUCGCUAAAGUACUUAAUAUGCAGGCAAUUUUUGGAAUUUUCUAUUUUUCCUCACAAGCCCUUGUUAUAAUUAUAGCAUAUAAAGCAACGAAAUGUGACCCAACUGAUCCAUGGUCGAUUGAGCAUACAAACCCAGCUUCUAAUGGAACUCAAACUACUCAAAACUGCGAAGCAUUUUGCACUAUCUGCAACUGCAAUGUAAACCCUAAAAGCAAACAUUGCAGCAGAUGCAAUCGAUGUGUAGAUAACUUUGACCAUCACUGCAAAUGGCUUGGCAACUGUAUUGGCCAGAGGAAUUAUAAACUGUUUAUAUGGCUCAUUGUUUCUUUGAUGAUCAAUUUAUUGGUGAUAUUCGUAUUUAGCGUUAUUUUAUUGGAAAAUUAUUUUAAUAAUUUUGGAGAUUUUCAGGACAAGGCAAAUGAUAAGCUUGGAAAUUGCAAUGCAGUUAUUGCGCUGAUUUGGAUUAUGGCUAUGUUUUCUGGGGUUUUCUCCCUUGCUGACAUAUAUCUUAUAGGCUUGCAUAUUUACUUGGCAAAAUUAGGUAUGACAACAUUUGACUAUAUAAUUUAUAAUCGAAAUAAGGAAAAAAGCAAAAAUAAAAUUAAUUCAUGCAAAGAUGAAACUAUUGUUACCCCUGACGGAGGUAACAUAAAUAUAAAUAUCCCUGGUGUAAAAAUAGGGAAAAUUAGCAUGGAUAGCAACCCAUAUGCAGAUUCUGAAGACUAUAAUUCAUCACGAAGGUUUGAUUUGCCUUAUGAUGAAACAGAGCUCAAAAGCCAAAGCAACAUUUCAGUGCUUGCAUCUGAUGUGAAUAAUUAUCCUGCCUCUAAUAAGUGUUAA